GCAGAUACGAGGGGGGCGACGUGGCGAUCGCCCCCUCCUUGGGCUGUAUUUAUUAAUUUUUAUAUUAUAAAUUAUAAUAUUGGGCUGGAACUCACUGAAAGCCGAUAUUUCAUUUGUGGAAAUUCCCCCCCCCCUUGGAGACUUUUGGAUGCGCUACUAGUUAUAUCUACCUACGCCACCUACCAAAAACCAGCGACAGUGUUUGUUUCAGUGCGUACUUUUAGUGUCUCAGCAUUUUACGUUCCUGAAUACAUAUACAAAUUUUUUUUUAAGCACACAGUUUUUUUAUACUGUUUUCGCACACCGUUGUUUUUUGUUUUUUACGUUUUUUUUUUUUUAUAUUAAUACAACAUGGAUGUCGUAGAUAAUUCGACUAUUAUCAAAAAAAAUCCUUGUGGAAAAUUUAUUGGCGUUGGUAAAAAAUUAUUUAUUAUAAGUAUGUACAAAUAUUUACUUCAAACACAAAAUGAAAAUCCAGACAGCCCCCGAUUGACACACAGACAAACACUCGUCAAAUUAUCAAAAUCAUUAGGUUUUGGAAUAGUUACAAUACAAAACACGUUGUCUGAGUAUAGAAAGUAUGGUACAGUUUCACAGCCUAACAAGACAAAAUAUAGACCGACAAUAGUUGACAAAAUCGACGAGUUUGAUAAAAGUGCUAUUAGGCUCAAAAUACAUGACUUUUGGAGGAACCGAGAAGUACCAACAAUUUCAAAAAUUUUAAUUGCCAUUAACGAGGAUCCAACGUUGCCAAAUCUUAAACGGCCGUCAUUUAAAAUACUGCAAGAAGAUUUGAAAUUUGGAUGUGUGAAAAUGAAAAAGAACCGCAACAAAACACUUCUCGAAAGAGAAGAUAUAAAAACUUGGCGCCGAAAUUAUUUAGAAAAAAUAAGGUAUUACAGAGCAGAAAACAGACCAAUAUAUUAUUUAGAUGAGACGUGGAUCAACGUAGGCGAGACACAGAGCAGAACGUGGGUCGAUACGACGAUGAAAUCAUCAGGUGAAGCAUUUAUUGAAGGCAAAACAAAAGGACAAAAGGACAAAUCAUCAGGUGAAGCAUUUAUUGAAGGCAAAACAAAAGGACAAAAGGAACCCUCCGGAAAAGGUAAGCGUCUCAUCGUUUUACACAUCGGGUCGACAGAUGGCUUUGUCCCGGGGGGCCUUUUAUGUUUCGAAUCGAAAACAAAUUCAAUAAACUAUCAUGACGAUCUAAAUAGUGAUAUAUUUUAUGAUUGGUUUGAACGAAUUUUGCCAUUAUUAAAAGAAAACGCCGUCAUUGUGAUGGACAAUGCCUCCCAUCACUCGGUGAAGAAAUUUCAAAUGCCAACCAAGUCUUGGAAAAAACAGAAUAUUAUAGAUUGGCUUGAGAGCAAAGGGGAGAUCGUUAAACAUCCGGUACUAAAAAUUGAUUUACUAAAAAAAGUGAGACAACUAAGACAAUACGACGACGAAGACGUGUUAGAUGAAUAUGCAAAAGACUAUCAAAAACUCGUAAUGCGAUUGCCACCAUACCACUGCGGAUUAAAUCCUAUCAAGCUCGCGAUGAGGAUCUCCAUUAAAAAUUAUGUCGGCACGCACAACACAACUUAUGAAUUAAAGGACGUAAUUGAAUUAUUAAAAAAAGGGUUAGAAAAUGUAACACCAGAAAUGUGGACUAAUUUUGUUGGGCAUGUGAUAGAAGAGGAAGAAAAGUUUUGGAAUAUUGAUAGUAUAAUAGAAGAAAUAUUGAACGGAGAACUCGAAGAAAGAAAUACAAGUUUUUCAGAUUCCGAUUAUUUUUUUGUGCCUACUUAA